GGCUCAGAAAUUAUCUCAACGGCCGAUACCUGUGACACUCAGAACCACAAUAACAACUACUCAAUGAGUCCCAAAAUCAACAAAUUUCUCACUCGAGAGCCGCCCGACGGCUGCGAAAAGAUUCGGAUCGUCAACGAAGACGAUAGACUGAAUGCAAUCAAUUGCCAGCCGAACGGCGGGUUCGUGUGUCCGGUGCAGCCCUCGUCCGGAUUCGUGUUGCUUCCGAGCCGGAGCUCAGCGUUUCUGCCAAUCUUCAAACCCAACGACUUUUCUGCCGAUUAUCUCAAGAAUCGGAUUAAUUACAGAAAAAGUUAAAUAUCUAGUGAUGACUACAAACAACAAACACACAUACAGUACACACUCUCGACGCAAAUAUAUUUGACAAAACAAAUGGCAACAAAUCUAUAGUUAAUAUAACAAUAAGUUUUAACGUAUGAAACAAAUAGUGUUUUUUUUAAAUAUAAGACAAAUAUUGACUCCAAAAACAAAUGUGAGAAAUGAGAAAAAUGCAGAGAAUAUACUAAUAUAUAUGUUUUAAAAUUGAUCUUAAAUUCUAGAGUCGGAUACAGAAAACUGAUUAUCAGAUAUCUAUUUACGGUUUAAUUAGUCUUUUAAAUGUCUUUCUUCUCUCAUUCUUAUCUCAUGUCUUCUUCAGGAAAUAUCAUUGAAUCCCAAAUCACUGUCUCUGAAAACCUCCAUUCAUUAGACUCAUAGGAAAAGUUAUUUUUUGAAACUCAUUGAAUGAUUAUUAAACGAAAAAUUAAUUUCAAUUCAAAUGUCGUUUAGGAAUCCAAUCAAUCCAUAGGAAUUACACAAGUCUUUAGUCUCAACCCCUUUCUCUCUCAAUAUAACAAAAUUUCUGAAAACUUUUUCUCAAAUUUCAGUCGCACUGUCAUAAUCGCACUGGUAUUCAAUGAUAGUAUACAUUGUGGUAUAAACUCAAAGAACGGGUAGUUUUUCUACUGCUUCUAUAACAACUGAUUUUACUCAUCCAAACACUUACUCCUCGACUCCGAGUUCUCUCUCUUUAUUAUAUACUUUUAAUUGUCUAUUAAUUUGGUUUUGUUUUCAAACAUUUUGAUUGACUCUUUUGAACGUGAAAAACACGAUUUGAUUUUAUAGUUUGUUUUGUGUGAGAACUCCGGUAUUCAUUAUACAACAUAUUAUAUAAUUGACUCGAAUUACUAUUUUAUUACCAUUUUAUACUCAAUUAUAAUCGCACAACAAAUGGUCGAUACAUACAGAAUGAGGGAGAGAAUGGUUUGGGUACAACCUCUUAGAGUACGGGUGCCCUCUCAGCCGAUGACCCAGACAUCCACAGACACCACACGCAACACAUACACAGACAAAGACUGUCAAUAUUGUCGGUGCAGUCGCUUCUCAAAUGAGAUAUUGAUAUCAUUUUACGGAAUAAUAACAAGAGUUUGAGUGAAUAUUGACACGAAUGGUAUACACUUUUGCUCUCAAAUAUUGACAGUAUUUUAUAAGAAAUAACUUAAAAACUUCAUAUCAAACAAGAAAUAUAUGAUAUAAUAAUCCGUUUGUGAAAUGCAUUCCCGCGAGUCGUAUAAUGUAUUCAAAAUAAAAUGAUAAUACAAAAGACAAUGUAAUAACAGAUAAAAAAACAUCAAACUUUUUAUUUAUAUUUAAUUUUUCUGGUUUCUGUUAAUUC